AUGAGUUCCACUGCGUACAAGGGCAACUUGACUGUCGGAGGUCCAUCUCUCGACAAGUCAAAGUUGCAGCUGCGCCGUCCGACGCCCGACAGCGAUGUCUUGGCAUCAAGCGACGAGGACCGCGACCACGUGCGUCCCCCCAUUCGCCAAGCCCCUGGAAGUUACUCUGGUGGUCGACGUCUUUCGUCAAGCUGGCUGCAUGACAUCCAGCCAAACCGUAAGAACUCUCUCCCCGCGACUUCGUUUGCAGACCCACAACCUGCAACGCCAACGCUCGAUCUCGGACAGCAGCCUCGUCCUAGCACGUCUUCGUUCGCGUGGAAUACGAACAGCUUCUCAGGCGGUCAAUCGGGCAGUCGGCUGCGUGAGGUUGUCCCUUCCCCCACUUCGGCUUUUGGUCCCGAGCGACCUCUACCGUCACCCACCACCAUCGAGAUCGACAGUGGUAUCGCUUUCCUGCUGAACCAGCAACAACACCUGCCUCUCCGCAAGGCUGUCCGGUCGCAGUCUUAUAGUAUAGGACAAGGUGACAUCGAGAACAGCCCGGUAGGCAAAUUCAGCGCCCAUCUGCGCACCAACGUCCGCCACCGCCCGUCCAAGCCAAGCCUCCUUGGUGAGUCCGGUCUGGGUCUCUCGCAGCUACGCGAAGACGACACCGACGAGGUCGAGUCUCUGAACGGCACCGAGCACGGUGUACGCCUUCCUGCGGGCUACUGGGAGCGUGAACAAAACCAAGCACUGUUGAAGCAAGCAGCUGUCGAGAACGCCCGCGCUCGCAACCGUGCGACAUCCACCGGUUCGCCCGUGUCACAGCACCGCCGCAAGACCACUGCUGGUCUGCGCAACACCUCUUACGGCACUGCAGACUACGCAAUCGAAGAGAUGGAUGACCCCGAGGCCAACGUGAACCAUCCCAAUCAUGGGCUCACCCGCCGUUUCAGCGAACACGUCUCGAUCUUGGGUCGCGAACAUGAAGUAGAGAUUGUCGACAGCCCCAAGAAGCAACAGUGGGCCACUGACAAUAUUCCGAUGCUUGGCGCCGAUGCCCUCGGUCGUCGACACUCUAUCGCGCACUACGGCGGUAGUGGCUACACUUCUAACCUUCCCAUUCCGACCUUGAGCAACACCCAAGAGGAAGACGAAGAGGUAGUCUCACCUCGCCAGGAGUCCAAGUCUCCCGAAUAUCCCGACACGUUUGAUCACACCGCCUACUUCGCUGGCUACGGUCCUGCUUCGCGCGCCAUCAAUGCUUCAGCCAUUUCGGCCGCUCACCCCGACCCGGUGGUUCCGAACCCAGCCAUGUCUGCAGGAGGACCCAAUCCUUACGCCGUCCCACAUGCAUUUGGUCGCCCUGGCCGUCGCCUGUUCGUUGUCACGUUCAAGUGCUCGCGCGCAGACAUCUACUACCUGUUCGACAACACUGGUCUUGAGAUUCGCUGCGGUGAUCUCGUUAUUGUUGAAGGUGAUCGUGGAUGCGACUUGGGCCAAGUUACCCAUGCCGAUAUCAGCCUGGAGGAGGCUCGGAGGCACAAGGCUCAUGCCAACGAAGAGCACUUCCGCUGGCUGGUCAUGUUCUCUCAGUACUCUCUGGCUGGAAACUCGAACGACUCUGGCAUGCUAGGCUCCCUCGCCCGUGCCAACGGCUUCCCGAACGCGAUGUCCGGCUCCAACGUCACUGGCAUGACCAACCAGCCCGAGCAGGAGACCAAGCCUAAGAUGAUCAAGCGCCUUGCUCAGCAGCAUGAGAUCAUGGGCCUGCGCGACAAAGAGGGCCAGGAAGCCAAGGCUAAGCGAUGUGGUGCUCAGAAGGCUGCUGACCACAAGCUCAACAUGGAAAUCUUGGAUGCCGAGUACCAAGCUGACUAUCACAAGCUGACGUACUACUACUAUGCGGAGUCUUAUGUCAACUUCAACGAAUUGGUUACGGACCUCUUCAAGCAGUACAAAGUGCGCAUUUGGAUGUCGGCAAUCAACCCGGCCUCUGUCAUCAACCCCGCAGGAAACAUGCAGGUGCAGCCUCCCUCGGCUGUUGGACCUGGGGCCAUCAUGCGCUCGCAUGCCGGCAACUCUUCCUUCGCUGUGGGUCCAGGUUUCGGUAACAACAAUCAUCGUCGAAAUGCCCAGCAGGCUCCACAGGGCGGCUACGAUGAUGGCUACAAUGCCUUCUCCUACCAGCUCCCGAGCUACAAUCCCCAGGCCAACACCUACGUGAACCCUUACCAGAACCAGCGUUUCAACCAGCAGGUCUAUGGCAACUACCCUAUGCAGGCAGGCGCCUAUCCCAAUGCCACUGCGAGCGGCAGCCCCAUGAACUAUGGAGGUUACUACCCGCCUACAACAUAUGGUGCUUCGCCUGCCUAUGGUGCUGCGACUAGUGGACCUGCUUACCGCGGCGGCUACACCUCUACAACUGGUGCAGGCGGCGGCCAAGCCUCCACCGCUGCAACCGCUGGCCCUGCUUACAACCAGUAUGCUUCGUCCUACUACAAGACCCCAAGCACUUCUGUGGCCAUGGGUGGCACGACCGGUAGUCCUGGUAAUGGCUAUACGGCCACAUCAGGCACCACCCACAACACUGGCUAUGAUCCUCUCAUGGCCGCCAUGCAGAACAUGUCCUUCGGCGGCAAGUAA